UGCUUAUGACAAAAAGACCACAUCUUUAUUGGACUCCAUGUGCCGCACAUUGCGUGGACUUGAUGUUGGAGGAUAUUGAAAAGCUUCCAAAGAUCAAGAAUGCCAUCAAGAAGGCGAUCUUCAUGAAUGGUUAUAUAUAUAACCACGUCGUCGUUGUCAACAUAAUGAGAAGAUUCACAAAUCAAAGGAAUUUGCAUCGACCGGCGGUCACAAGGUUUGCAACUUCCUUUAUCACUCUUGCACAAUAUCAUAAGCAAAAGAACAAUUUGAGGAAGAUGGUGACUUCGGAAGAGUGGAAUGCUUCAAAGUGGCCAAAGGAAGUGGGGGGAAAGAAGGUGACAACUUAUAUUUUGCUAGACACAUUUUGGAGGAAUGUGUUGUAUGCUCUUAAGUUGGGAGGUCCUCUUGUGACGGUACUUCGGAUGGUUGAUGGGGAUAAAAACCCGACUAUGGGGUACAUUUAUGAAGCUAUGGAUAGAGCUAAAGAGGCUAUUGCUAAGAGUUUUGGUCACAAGGAGGAGCAUUACAAAGAAGCGUUUGAGAUCAUUGAUAAAAGAUGGGAUUGCCAACUUCACCGUCCUUUACAUGCGGCCGGAUACUUUCUUAAUCCGGAAAUCUAUUAUGAUAAUCCGGAUCAAGUGAGUGAGAAAGGUUUGUAUGAAUGCAUUCAAAGGUUUAUUCCCGAUGAAGCAACUCAAGACAAGCUCAUGGUUGAGUUGGAUGCCUACAAAAAUGAAGAGGGUCUAUUUGGCAAUGCAAUGGCAAUUAGACAUAGAAAGGUCAAAUCACCAGCGGAUUGGUGGUCUUGUUAUGGAUCUUCAAGUCCCAACCUCAAAUCAUUUGCAAUAAAAGUUCUUAGCCUCACUUGUAGUGUUACCGGAUGUGAGAGAAAUUGGAGUGUCUUUGAUCAUCUUCAUACCAAGAAGAGAAAUCGAUUGGCACAAGAUCGGCUCAAUAAAUUGGUUUAUGUGAAGUAUAAUCGUACUUUGGAAAGGCGAUACAAGAGGAAAGACACAAUAGAUCCUUUUCUAUUAGAAGAGAUUGAUGAUAGCAAUGAAUGGUUGGUUGGACAUAUGGAUGGGGAAUCUUCUAAUGAAGAUGAUCUUGUGUUUGAGGAUGGUGAUUUGACAUGGAAUGUCGUUAGUAAGGCUUCGGGAGCUAAUGAUCCUAUUUAUAGCACUAGACGUUCAUCUAGAGUUGAUAAAGGAAAGAGUGUAGUUGCUUCGAGUUCGAGAAGGCUUUUAGAUGAGGAUGAAGAUGCGGAUGAGGAGAGGGAGGUGAAUGAGAUGGAAGAGAACAUUGGUGAAGACAAAGAUGAUGAAGAUGGGGAUGACGCACUUGAGGAUGAUGGACUUGUGGAUGAUGAUUAUUGGUUACUUGUUUGAUAUUUGAUCGUACUUUUAGACUUGCGUAUUUUAAAACUUAAGUAUUUGUGUGUUUUUGAUUAAGUAUAUGUGUGUUUAAGUACUAUUUGUGGUUUUAAGUUGUGUUUUUGGUAUAAAAUAUAAUGUAGGUAAAUAUAUUAGAAUUUUUUAGGCUUUACUGCGCCUCACCUACGAAAAGCCCGCGCCUGCGCUUAAAGCCCUGCGCCUAGGCUUCGAGGCAUGUUUGCGCCUCGUGCGCCUCGGGCUUUUUAAAA